AUAACGUCUCGGACAAAGAUGCGGCCAAACGUGCUGCCCGCGCUCUGCCGAUAAACCGUGAAAUACCUGAAGAAAGAAGACAAGAAACAGGUGGUUGUUUGUGGGCACUCUGCACAGUUGGGCACACAGUUUCCACUGCGCACCGCCGCGAUGCUGUUACCGUGCGGCACCCUGUUACUGCUGGCGGCUCUCUACUCAAGUGUAGACCUGGCAGGGGCUGAGGGUUGUGGGGCAUCAUGUGGAACAUGUGACUGCAGUGGUGUAAAAGGAGCAAAGGGUGAGCGUGGAUUUCCUGGCCUUCAAGGUAAUAUGGGAUUCCCCGGUAUGCAGGGACCUGAAGGGCCUCCAGGGCAAAUGGGGCCCAAGGGAGAUUUGGGUGAACCUGGGGGUCCUGGACUGAAAGGAGUGCGGGGUCCUCCUGGUCUGCCAGGUUUUCCAGGAAACCCGGGACUACCAGGCAUCAAUGGAAAUGACGGCCCACCAGGUCAGCCAGGUAUCCCAGGAUGCAAUGGGACUAAAGGAGACAGAGGAAGGGAUGGCACUCCCGGUUUUGCUGGUCUUCAGGGACCUCCUGGCAUCCCAGGACUUCCUGGAUUGAAGGGCGAUCCUGGUGGUGUGAUUGGGAUUGUUCCCCUGAAAGGAGACAGAGGAUUCCCUGGCGCACCUGGAUUACCUGGAUCAGCUGGACCUUCUGGACCUACUGGACCUCCUGGACCUCGUGGCUAUCAAGGACCCAAAGGUGAUCCUGGCCCCCCUGGUCCACCUGGAGACAAGGGUGACAGGUUGGCCUUUGAAGGCGAGAAAGGAGAUAAGGGUGAACAAGGAUUUCGUGGCCCACCCGGCCCUCCUGGACCUCCAGCACCGGCAGUGGAGGGACAUACCACAGUGCAUGUGGCUGGACCGCCGGGUGAAAAAGGACUUCCAGGAGACAAAGGAGAAAAAGGCUUUUGCAUCCCACAUCACGAUGGUGUCAAAGGUGAUCACGGCCCGCCUGGACCAAGAGGUAAACCUGGCAAAGAUGGAGAGGAUGGGCCAAAGGGAGAAAAAGGCUUUCCUGGAAAUCCUGGAUUCACUGGUUCUCCGGGUUCAAAGGGAGAAAGAGGACCACCAGGUUUUGGUAAUGGUGCCCCCGGUCCUCCCGGUCCUCGUGGUCUCCCAGGAUUAAAUGGAGAAAAAGGUUUUCCUGGUCCUCAGGGAGAGGCGGGUCCACCAGGCCGGCACAUUGAAGGGCCUCGUGGAGAGAGGGGUCAGAAGGGAGACAUGGGUGAGAAAGGAGAUAGGGGUAUGGAAGGAGAGUCUCUCAUUGGACCUCCAGGACAACCAGGUCUCAGUGGAGCCCCUGGACCACCUGGACAACCGAUUGACCCUAAUGAAUGUAACAUUGCUAAAGGAGCUCCUGGUCCACCUGGACCUCCAGGGUUACGAGGGGAAGUGGGACAGAAAGGUGACACAGGAGAUACCUGUGUUCAGUGUGAAAGUUUCGGCCCACCUGGAUUACCUGGCCCCCAGGGUCCUAAAGGAGAUCGAGGACCUCCUGGGCCAGUUGGCAGCAAGGGAGACAAGGGUAGAUCUGGUUCUCCAGGAGAACCUGGAAGACAUGGUUCUCAGGGCCCUCCCGGACUGAUAGGCGCUCCUGGUGCUGUUGGUGAGCCAGGGGACGUUUUCGUUGCUCCUGGUCUGAAGGGGGACAAAGGACUGCCUGGUCAGUCUGGUUCACCAGGACAGCCAGGGAGAGAUGGACUGCCAGGGAGAGAUGGCACCCCAGGUUUUCCUGGUCCCAAAGGAGAACCCGCAAAAGAGGGCAUCAAGGGUGAGCGUGGACCAGCUGGGGACCCUGGUCUUAUUGGGACUCCGGGAGAGCGGGGUCCACCUGGCGUGCCAGGCUUCGGUCGACCAGGAGAGUCUGGAGAGAAGGGCAAUCCGGGGAGACAAGGCUUUCCUGGAGCUCCCGGAGUACCUGGUAUAAAAGGUGAGCCAGGUACAGGUGUGAGCACCCCAGGACCUCAGGGAGUACCUGGAACACAAGGAGAACCUGGCAGACCUGGAGUUAAAGGUGACAGUGGCCUGCCAGGUGACCCAGGGUUGCCAGGUUUUCCUGGACUGAAGGGUGAACACGGAGCUCCUGGAAUUGGAUUUCCAGGCCCAACUGGUCCGAAAGGAAUCAGUGGAAUUCCAGGAGCUCAAGGAUUACCAGGAGAGCCAGGAAAACCAGGAAAGGAUGGCUUAACUGGACAACCUGGUGCACCUGGACAAAAGGGAGAACCAGGACGGGGUCUCCCAGGCCCAAAAGGUUCGCAGGGCCCCCCAGGAAUUAUUGGCUUUGCCGGAGAGAAGGGUAACAUUGGACUACCUGGUGUUGCUGGACGAGAAGGCCAGACAGGACCACCAGGGCCUCAGGGAGUCAAAGGUGAGGUGGGACCCCCAGGACCUCCUGGACAGGUUGGCUUACCAGGUGCUCCAGGAAAAGGCUCGCCCGGAGCUCCUGGACCACAAGGACCACCUGGAGAGCCUGGACCGUUCGGUAGGGAAGGUGUUAAGGGAGAAAAGGGCUACCCAGGUCCUCCUGGUCUGGACAUGCCUGGGCCUCAAGGAGAGAAGGGAGCCCCUGGGUUUCCAGGAGACCCAGGUCCUAAAGGACUGCCAGGGCCACAAGGCUUACCAGGCAGGGACGGUCUGUUUGGAAGUCCAGGUCCCAAAGGCGAAAUGGGGGUCAUAGGGACACCGGGAGUACCAGGAUUUCCUGGACCACCUGGUACACCUGGAUCUCCUGGUCUGAGAGGUGAUCCCGGUCUUAUUGGACCAAAAGGUGAUACUGGAGAGGCUGGAUCUAAAGGAGAAAGAGGAGAGCCAGGACUUCAGGGACCUCCUGGGAACAUGAGCGAAGUUGACAUGGAACAUAUGAAAGGGGAGAAGGGAGACCGUGGAGAUACAGGUGAGCCUGGGGCCACUGGACAGAAGGGCUACCGUGGAGUUCCUGGAGACGCUGGAAUGCCAGGCAAAGAUGGAGAUCCUGGAUCACCUGGAAAACCAGGAGAGAAAGGAGACCCUGGUUCUCCUGGAGAGCCUGGCAGCAUGGGACCACCUGGACAGAAAGGCAGUCUAGGAGAGAUGGGUAUACCAGGUAUAUCUGGUCCAAAGGGUACUAAAGGAGAUAUUGGUACACCGGGACAUCCGGGAUUUAGAGGCACAGAUGGACUAAAGGGAGAUAAGGGUGCAGCUGGAGAGCCAGGUAUUGGACUCCCAGGACUUCCAGGAGAAAAGGGUCUGACAGGGCAGCCAGGAUUCCCAGGUUUACAAGGAGACAAGGGUGAGAGGGGUCAUGAGGGUAUGCCUGGCAAGCCAGGACCACAAGGGUCCAAGGGAGAAAAAGGAAGCCUCGGGUAUCAAGGUCAGCCAGGUAGACCAGGUGAGAAGGGUAUCCCUGGGCUGCCAGGGUCUGCAGGAGAACCUGGUCGUGAUGGACGGCCUGGUGAAGGCGGCUUGCAGGGACCUCCUGGUGUUACUGGAGAGAAGGGAGAGCCCGGAGUGGACGGAAUCCCUGGAACUUCUGGGGAGAGAGGAGACCCAGGUUUACCUGGCCGAGGUUUCCCCGGGCCACCUGGAGUGCUUGGUAGCAAAGGUGACAAAGGUAGUCCCGGUUUCCCUGGCACUCCAGGCCAUCCAGGUGUCCCUGGUAUCAAAGGUGACAAGGGACUUGCAGGCUCAGAGGGACCCCAGGGUGAGCCAGGAGAGAGGGGAUUCCCAGGUGCCUCUCUCGAGGGCCCUAAGGGAGAUAGGGGAGAAACAGGACAACCCGGAGAAGGAGGUUCCCCAGGAGCACCAGGACCCUCUGGUGUGCCAGGCAGAGAUGGCCUAAAGGGAGAGAAAGGAGACCAGGGUAACCCUGGUUUCCAGGGAGAGACGGGACAUAAGGGUGACCCUGGACUUCCUGGACUUCCUGGACAACCUGGCCUUCCAGGUAUCGACGGACUGAAGGGAGAGAUGGGAUUGCAGGGUGUCCCUGGCUUCCCAGGUGCAAAGGGUAAUGUCGGGGACUUGGGAUUCAAAGGUGAAUUUGGAGACAGAGGGUUCCCAGGAGAAAAAGGCGCUGAAGGCCCCCCUGGUCCCCCUGGCCAACACACCUUCAUAAAAGGAGACAUUGGGCUCCCUGGCAUUCAAGGCUUACCGGGACCACAGGGGCCAUCUGGGCCAUAUGGACUGAAAGGACAGCAAGGUGUGACAGGUGUUCCAGGGCCAAAAGGUGAAGAUGGCCUUCCCGGAUAUCAUGGUCAGCCUGGAGCCAAAGGAGAGCCUGGCCUGCCUGGGCCACAGGGACCCAGAGGACACUCUGGCCCCCCAGGACCCGAUGGUGUUCCAGGUCAAGUGGGUCCACCUGGCCCCUCCUCCAUGGAUCACGGGUUCCUGGUAACCCGUCACAGCCAAACAGUGGAGAUUCCACAAUGUCCUGAGGGAACCUCGCUCAUAUAUGAUGGCUACUCCUUGCUCUACGUACAAGGCAACGAACGCUCUCAUGGACAGGACUUAGGUACGGCCGGCAGCUGUCUAAGGAAGUUCAGCCCCAUGCCCUUCCUGUUCUGUAACAUCAACAACGUGUGUAACUUUGCCUCCCGUAAUGACUACUCCUACUGGCUCACCUCCCCUGAGCCCAUGCCCAUGAGCAUGGCACCUAUCACUGGUGAAAGCAUUAAACCAUUCAUUAGCAGGUGUGCUGUGUGUGAAGCCCCAGCCAUGGUAAUAGCAAUUCACAGUCAGACCAUCAUGAUCCCACAAUGCCCUCAUGGGUGGGACUCUCUAUGGAUUGGCUACUCUUUUGUCAUGCACACCAGUGCAGGUGCUGAGGGUUCAGGCCAGGCUUUGGCCUCUCCUGGUUCCUGCCUGGAGGAAUUCCGCAGUGCUCCAUUCAUCGAGUGUCACGGUCGUGGAACCUGCAAUUACUACGCCAACUCCUACAGCUUUUGGCUUGCCACCAUUGAAGACAAUGAGAUGUUUACGAAGCCUGUCCCAACAACGCUAAAAGCAGGCAAUCUCCGAACACAUAUAAGCCGCUGUCAAGUGUGCAUGAAGAGGACAUAAACUCCUUCCUAACCUACGAGCAAUACUGCAUUUGCUGACGUCCUCGACUUGGCUUUACUUCCUGUUUUCAAAGGAUGGUGCUAUUUCCCUGCAUGUGUGAGAGGAGAGGGACAGAGAUGUGGUUUGCGGAACAAACUACAAAUCAGAACACAGAGACCAAGUGGCCUUUUGCUCUAUGCAGAACAUUUAACUAACAAGAUCACAACAUGUCUCUAAGGAAUUGCCAGUUUACCACUGCACUGAGCACAUGCCCCCUAAACUGGUAAACUGGUGUUCUUUUUAAAGGGUUGUUUGUGUCAGGUGCUAUUCAGUCUUACGUAUCUGCCCAUAUUCAUUUUGUCUUUUUAUUUUUAUUUCUCUUCCCUACCAGUGCCACAGCAUUCAAAGAUAUAGCCACUUAUUAUUAUAGAUUUUCACACCUUUUAACUUGUUUAAACAUAGUCAUGUAAAGGAUGGGACUUACCACUGGUUACAGACGCUUGUCAUUUGCUAAAUCACCAUAUAUCACUAUCACGCUGUUGUAAAUAUAAUGCAUUCCUCACUAACAUAAUUCGACAUACUCUCCUCAGGUUAUUAUUGAAUUACUUUGUGUGUUAUUAAGUCCAUUUUUAUUUAUAAGAUUUAUGAGAAAAUGUUGGACUUGAGUGUAUCUGAGAUUUCAUAGAUCCAAAAGCAGUGUGUCAACAUCUGACAAACAGCGUCUUAGUAACAUACAAAACAGCACUGAAAUAGCAUUGGCAGAUGUGUGUAAAUGCAUGUGUUUGUAUGUAUGUGUGUGAGUGUACAUAUAUGAAUGGAUUUAAGUAGCUUGGAAGAGGUGCGUGUUUUGGGAUGUCCGCAUAUAUAUUGUUGCACAACCACAAAAACAAAUAGACAAAUAUAUCACCUUCCCUAUACCUUUAUUCUGUCAGAACUUUGUUUAUAACAGCUGUGUGUUAAAGGAUUUAUUCUUCUCACAUUAUGUGAACCAAAUAUUUCUGAUCCCAAAGAAAUGCACGUGUGUGUGUGUGUGUGUAUAUAUAUAUAUAUAUAUAUACGUACGCAUAACAUGUACUUUCUAUUUUCAUUUACUGUCAUUAUCCCUGUUGAUUUAAUGCUAAAAGUAUUUUUCAUUAAGACUGAAGGGUUAUUGCAUCAUUGUUGUACAUCCAAGUCUAACACAGACAGAUAAGGAGGACUGUAUAUUUAAGUGCCAAUGCAAGUUAAGAUGCUUUAUAUAGGUCUUAACAUAGUUUUGUGUUUUGUUUAUCCCUUACUAUAUAGUAUUUGGGGAUAACAGUCUUGCUCAGUAGGAGGAAGAAGGCCUCUUGGACCCCUUGUCCCAUUCAGAGCUAUUAAAAGAUGCAACAUUUUCUACUGUUAAAGUUACAGCAGUCACUCUACACUGACCGUAACCUGUUUUUGUUUGUGUGUUGUGCUUGGUUGUGAUAUAAUGCUCCAUGAAGUAUAUACAAUAUUAGCAGUGUUUGCUAUCAUAAAACAAACUUGAUUACAGUGGGAAUAAUCUUAACUAAUUAACAAACAGAAAAUCUUCAUUGACAUUUUAGAUUUUCCAGAUCCCUUACUGUGUAAUUCCUGCAAUAAAUUGUAUUGUAGAAUAUUCUUA